AUGGCCUUGAGGCUACAAGGUUCUAGGUUCACCAAUGCACCGGUUUUGUGGCUUGUGUAUUAUUCAAAGUUAGUCAACUUGCCCAUGCCCAUCCAUCCAUGUUCUUCUUUACGUGUUGCUUGGCUCGAACCUGAACUUCAAACGGUUCUUGUGAUGAAAAGCCAUGUUGAUAAGCGCGAACCUACUUAA